UAUCAUAAUUUAUGGUCACUCUAUUUACAAGCUGGUCUAGGUCAAUUGUUUUCAGUGAGACAACAAGAACCAUUUUGGUUAAAUAGUGAAACAUUGAUUCGUCAACGGCUUCUUGAGUUUCAAACUAAAUUGGAUCAUUAUCGAAAAGAAUAUAAUUCAUUCAAAAUUGAUACAAGUACACAAAAUAUAAUUGAAAAACUGGUCAAUGAAUAUGGUUUAAUCGAAAUUCAUAUGGAAUCUGAAUAUACUAUUGCAUUAUUAUAUAAUAAAUAUCAUGAUCAUCAACUUCAAGUUCAAUAUCAAAAACAAACUUCAACACAAUAUCAAAUAGAUAUGGGACAAAAAAUAUUCGAUACAAGUUUUCAAUUAUCAACCAUGAACUAUGAAUUAAUCUAUCAUCGAUUACAACUGCUCUACGAUCAACCACCUCGAUCUUAUGAUAAAUUAGAAUUUCAAUUACUAUCCAAGGAUCUCUAUGAAAAAUUAUUACAACGAACUAAAACACAACUCAUGUCAUUACGUUUACUAUGUCUACAAACAAAUAUCUAUCAAUAUGAAACAAAAUUAAAAUUACAAAAAAAUGAAAUAAUAGUUGGGAAAACUAUGAAUGAAAUAUUAUUUCGUUUAAUCGAUCAACGUAUCGAAUUAAUGCAUAAACAAAUGAAAUUAAAAUUAGAUUUUCAUACAAAUUAUAAUCUUCGUGGCCUAUUUCAUCAUCAUCAUCGUGAUGAUAAUCGUAUUGGUUUUAUUAAUAAUUUAGAAAUAGAUUCCAUAAGAAUGAAAAAUUAUUUUAAUAAAAAACAAUUAAAAUUAUUAUAUCGUGGUCCAUCUUAUGUAGCGCCAUGUCAAUUACAAUUGAAAUUAUCAGAUCAACUUCUUGAAAGACAAUAUCAACCAUUACAACAACACUUAUUAGUCGAUCUGGUGAACAGAUAA